AUGGUGGACGAGGAUGAGAUGGCUUUGAACCAGGUGUACACGGAGGGGGCUUCCGAGUGUAUGAAUAGGGUGGUGAACAAGGAUUUGCAUGUGGAGGGGAGUUCAGAAGCGUCGACGGCAGAGUCAGCUGCUGGGUAUGACGGUGAGGCAGCGCCGGUGGAGACCAAGCAGCAGGAGGAGGCCAAGCAGCAGGAGGGAUCAGCAGCGCUGCAGCGGAUGGGGACCCGGUUCUUUUCGCCUAAGAUGAAGAGCCACAGGAAGAAGAUUAUUUGGACGUUUGUACUGACAAAUGCGCUGUUGGCGGUGUUUGUGUUGUCGCUGUUGUCGAUCUACUGGGGUGCCACGUACAAUCGACAGCAUUAUAUGUUCAAAGUGAACGUGCUGACGGUUAUUCAGGACGAAUCUGAGCUUGUGGGAACGACAAUGUCGGCAGCGAUAGCGACGCUGGUCGCGGGCGUGCCGUGUACGUGGCAUGUGUUCAAUGCGAGCGAGUUUAGUGAAAAGUACAAAGUGUCGAGCGAGGAGAUCGAUGACAAGGUGGUCGAUCUGAUCUUUGGGGAAAAGUACUGGAUGGCGCUGAAUGUCAAGCGGAACGCGACCAACGCUUUGUACGAUUCGCUGACCGGCGGACCCACGGCGUUCAACUCUACAGAGUACUUCGAGGCUAUCUACGAGAGUGGCCGUGAUCCAACCAGCCUGCAGUCCGCCAUUCUGCCGAACAUGAAGACACUGGAGGGGAUUUACAGGACGUAUUUCCUGGAUCAGUAUCUGCCUAGUCUCCUGGGCAAUCUGACAGAGACACCGCCACCAGACAGAAUCAUAGCGGCCUCGAAUAUGAACUUUGAGUAUGUGGACUACAGGCCAUUCUACAAUGCACUGCUGCUGGCACCGUUGCAGGUCGGUCUGAUCUACUGUCUGCUGUUGACCUUUUUCCAGCUGUCGCUUUUUGCUCCUUUGCAUGUAGAGAUGUCGAAGCUGCUGAAGCCGCGCCACAUUAUCCUAUACAGAAUCGGAAUCUCGUGGCUCACUUACUUCUUUCUCUCGCUUUUCUUCUGCACGGUAUCUGCCAUAUUCCAGGUCGAUUUCACUAAGGCAUUCGGCAGAGCAGGUUUUGUGGUGUAUUGGAUGAGCACCUGGCUGCUGAUGAUGGCUCUUGGUGGCGCAAAUGAGAAUGUAAUAAGUUUGGUCUUAACUUUGGGCCCACAGUAUCUCGGUUUCUGGCUGAUGACGUGGAUCAUUCUGAACAUUGCUCCUUCAUUCUAUCCGCUGGUCCUGAAUAAUCAGUUCUACCGUUACGGUUACGCCAUGCCCAUUCAUAAUGGCGUUGAUAUUUAUAAAGUCAUCUUUUUGAACUUGUCGAAGCAACACAUGGGAAGAAAUUACGGUAUUCUGGUCGCCUGGGUCGCCUUGAAUACCGCCCUCUUGCCAUUCGUGCUUAGAUAUGUCGGCAAAACGAUGCGAAAGAGGGCUGCUGCCGCAGCUGCAGCCCAACAGACCAAUUAA